AUGGGGAAGGGUGAACAUUAACUUGGUGGAGGCCGACGGGACUCGGCACACAGCGCCAUGGCCACGGCCAACGACAGGGCCGUCCUGCAGACCAUCUUCAACCCCAGCACCCCCUUUGGGGACAUCCCGGGGCUGGAUGAGGAGGAGGAGGAGGCCCAGGAGGAAGGGGAGGAAGCCUUCGCACCAGAGCUGCUGGAGCAGGUCCGAGACCUGGAGCUGCAGGGGGUUUCUGCUGCUGAAUCGGGAGACGUGAGCGCAGCCCUGGAGCGGUUCAACGAGGCCAUCCGCCUGCUGCCGGAGCGCGCCUCCGGCUACAACAACCGGGCCCAGGCGCUGCGGCUGCGGGGCGACGUGGCAGGCGCCAUGCGGGACCUGGACACCGCCAUCCGCCUGAGCCGGGGCUGCGGCCGAGCCGCCUGCCAGAGCUUCGUGCAGCGUGGGCUGAUCCACCGGCUGCAGGCGCAGGACGAGGAGGCGCGGAGCGACUUUGAGCGCGCCGCACGGCUGGGCAGCGCGUUCGCCCGGCAGCAGCUGGUGCUGCUCAACCCCUACUCGGCGCUCUGCAACCAGAUGCUCUGCGAGAUGCUGGAGCGGCUGCGCAACCCCGGCGGCACCAGCAGCGAGUGAGGCAGGCACGGCAGCACCGAGCUCCAGCGAUGGCCCAGGUGGGCACAUCCUGGCCACUGGAGAGGGUCCAUCUCCACUGCUGGAGAUCCUGUUCCUCCUCCGGGCUGAUAAAAGGCACCGAAGCGUGUUGGCUUUGUCUUGUCUCUGCUCCACCCCCAAUAA